CAGAAGUCCGGGCCGCUUCCAUUAGCAUGGUAGCUACCACCAAAUGAGCCAUCAUCACAUGCUGGUUCUUGCCUGUAUCGUGGAAUUUACUACGGAAGUACGGAAGAGGAUUAUGGCCAGUGAAGAAAAAAAAAACGAAGGAUAAAGUGACUGAUGGAGGGUGCAACUCAACCAGUGCCUGAAAAGACGGAUUUGGAUGAUUUAAUCAAGCAGAAUUAAAUUUACUCAAGAUUGAGUAUUAGCAAUGGUGAUUGCAGGCAUGCCCCCGAUUUUAAAUCUUAAUACCUUCAUGCACUCUACCAGAUGAUAACGCAUAAUCACCUUUGCUAAAACAGGUCCGAUCUACAUGAAGUCGUUUUGUGUAUUGGAUCGCUUUCAGUUUACGUUUGUUUGUUUGUUUGUUUGUUUGUUAGCCAAACAUCGCUGAACAAGUGUUGUGAUUACAGUGUGAAAAUGUUUGCAAGGACCACAGCAGAGUAUAUGGAGGAAAAGGACCGUAGUGGUCAACGACUGGAAGAGCUAUGGCUGCAGCCUUAUGUUGUGUUGCGCAGACCAGACAUCAGUGAAGCUAUUUGUCCGAAGCAGCAGGAGCCAGAGGGCACUCACAUUAAAGAGGAAGAUGUAGACAUUGAGGUCCAGCACUUCAAUGAACAAACGGAGCAGAAGUUUCUUUGCACCAUAAAAGAGGAAGAAGAGCCGAAGCGGGAUUGUUAUAAAGAGGAGGGAGAGGACUCCUGCGACAUUAAAGAGGAGGGAGAGGACUCCUGCGACAUUAAAGAGGAGGGAGAGGACUCCUGCAACAUUGAUGAGGAGCGAGAGGACUCCUUUGACAUUAAAGAGGAGGGAGAAGACUUCUAUGACAUUAAAAAGGAAGAGGAGGAAGAUGCCUGCAAGAUACCAUUGACUGGUGUCCCUUUGAAGAGUUUAGAUGAGGGUCAACAUGAGGUGAGCAAACGGGCGGAGCUUCCAAGGUGCAGCUCAAGUCAACAAAUGACCAGAGAAGGUGAUGAAGACCACUGUGGAGGAUCACAAGCAGGUCCACCAUCAGAUAGCGAUAACGUGUCAUCACAUGUUCCUGCUCCUGCUGAUGAUGAGUCUCAAAACAAACACAGGCAAUGUUCUCAGUGUGGGAAAUGUUUUGCCAAUAACAGUGGUUUGAAACAACACAUGAGAAUACACACAAGAAAGGAAAACCUUUCCUGCUCAGAUUCUGGCCAAAAAUUCUCUCAAAGGGAAGAUUUAAAAAGGCACACAAGAAUCCACACUGAUGGCGAGAAACACUUUUCCUGCUCAGAUUGUGGCAAAAAAUUCUCUCAAAGGGAAUAUUUGAAAUGUCAUACAAGAAUCCACACUGGCGAGAAACCUUUUUCAUGCUCAGUUUGUGGCCGAAAAUUCACCAACGGGGGAAGUCUAAUGAUUCAUAGAAGAAUCCACACUGGUGAGAAACCUUUUUCAUGCUCAGUUUGUGGCCAAAAAUUCUCUCAUAGUGGACAUUUAAAAGAGCACACAAGAAUCCACACUGGCGAGAAACCUUUUUCAUGCGCAAUUUGUGGCAAAAAAUUCUCUCAGGGUGGAAAUCUAAACGUGCACACAAGAAUCCACACUGGCGAGAAACGUUUUUCAUGCUCAGUUUGUGGCCAAAAAUUCCAUGACAAGGUAAGUCUAACAUACCAUACAAGAAUCCACACUGGUGAGAAACCUUUCUCAUGCGGGGUUUGUGGCGAAAGAUUUUCAGUGAAGAAGUCCUUAAAAAGUCACACUACAAAAAUCCACACUGGUGAGAACCCUGUUACCUGCUCACUUUCCAAAUAGUUUAAUUGAGAAUUCCGUGCGUUGGCGAGAAGAGCAGAUUCGUGACGUUUUCACCUUCUAUUUGAGUAGACUUCAUGAGUUUUUGCAUCAAUAAUGAUGUAGUUAACUGGCCUCGGGGUGAUAAUAGUUUUGUUGUUUUCAUUAUACUUGGUGUUAUUUUGGUUUUAGUUAAAGUAUUUAACAGUAAAUACAUUUAAUUCAUAUUCAGGGCAAGUUGCUUAGUUUCUAUUAGGGUUUAGUUUUGUUCAGGUCUUAAUGUUAAGGUUUUUGCCCCCAUAUUUGUCAAGAAUUGUUAAAAAGAAAAAUCAGAAGCAAGCAAGACACUUUUUUUUCUUGUGUGGCGAAAAGCUAUCCAAUCAAGAAGGGGCCUCACUCCAUAUCUGAAGCGAAGUGGGAAAUCUACAGGGAGAAAAGAAAGCUCAGAUGCAUAAUGAUUAUUUUCAUUUUGCAGUGAAAAAAGAUUAAGCAAUUUGUGUAGAAAUACUGAAUGACAAAAUAUGAAUGCAAGUGGAAUGCCUUGGAAUCUUGAAAUAAAAUGAGUGAAUUAUAGCAAAAGACAUUGAUCAAUGUGGAAUCGUGAAGUAUUGAUUCAUGGAAUUAUGUCGAAUAUUAAACAAUGACGAACGAUGGAAUCA